AUGUCGCUCACAAAGGUGAAGGUGGAGAAAACAGACUUGGAGGCAGCCAACGCCCGGAACAAGCUGGAAGCCAUCCUGCAGGGGCUCCUGGACAGGAGUGAGGCCGACAGGGAACAGAUGGAAGAUGAUGGCGGAAAGGCUUCGGCAGACCCCCAUAGCAAAGACUCUUCUCCAUCUGCAGCUGGAAAAAGGCCACCAGCACGCCUGUCCCACCAUCGGCGAAAGAAGAGAAAAGAGGAAGAUGGCAUCGCUGAAACGGACAGCCCAAAACAAACACUUUCGUCAUCCGCCUCUUUGAUCGGAGCGUAGACUUGGCGCAAUUUUCCGAAGACACGCCCCUUUAUCCCGUGUGCCGAGCCUGGCUGCGCAACGCGCCUGGAGCAAAGGUCCCCGAGCGCCCAUCAACGCCCACGCCAUCGGAAGAGGGAGAUGUGGUGAAUGGGAGCUCUCAGAACAUCUACCACCUACCUCCUCCCAUACCCUGUCCUGUGUCAGAGAGUGGAGACCCGGUUAACUUGAGAAUCCCAUCCCCCGUCCCUCGGGAUGAAGACCAGCUGAACCUCAACAUACCCGCAGAGCAGACCCCCAGCAUGACCACCCUCAUCUGUCGGAACAUGGAGAGAUGGAAGAAGGUCCGACAGAGGUGGAAAGACGCAUCUUUCCAGAAUCAGCAGCGCUACACCCAGAGUAUGAAGAUCCUGAAAGAGAUGUACGAGCGCCAGUAA